AUGGCGGCUGAGUCGUCGAAGCCCCCGCCGAAGCGGCGGAUGAGAGUCCAAAAGUCGUGCACCGAGUGCCAGAGACGGAAGCAGAAGUGCAUUAUCCGGCAGUUAGACGCGCCAUGCGUAAACUGCUCGAGACGCUUCCCGCCUGUGGAGUGUAUCAUCAUUCAGGCCGCAUCUUAUAACCCCAGGCCAGUGUACGAGGACCGGGUUCUGACUUUUGACUUGUCCUCGCUGUCGACAGGAUCGGGAAAGCAGCCAGAGAUUGCCUUCCUUGACCGUUAUUCGACAGCUUUACUACCGUUCACGUCCCCAACCCUACCAGGAACUCUGGCUGCGCGAAAUCACCAGAGAUCAAGGCCCAGAUUGCAAGAUGCUGGCGUCAAUGGCCUCGGAGGACCAAGAACGCACUGCUCCAGUCACCUUGAAGAUGAAGGUGAGGCCUUGGCGAAGGCGAAAGCGAAGGCAAAGGCGAAGGCCCAUGCCAAUCUCUUCCUCGAUGGGAAUGGCGACCCGAUGGCAUUUUAUCACAGCAGUCCCGCUACCAUUGGUGGCAUACUCACGGAGGUGACAACUCUCCAUGGGAUGCCGCUUCCCGAAAGCCCCAGAACAGCAGAGCUUCUUCACUUUUAUAUCGAGGUCGUCGCACCCAACUUGGUGUCCAUUGAUGGGCAGAGCCAGCCGCCUGUCUUCCUCACAGAAGUUUUACCGUGGAUGCUGCAGUCCCCUCUGUUCCCCAACAUCGGCAUUCUGAUGUCGUCGACGACUCAGUCGCUUGAGCAGGGAACGGAAAUCUCCAGGAACCCAGAGUCCCUCGCUCUCAAAGCCCGGGUGUUGUCUAUCAUAGCGGAUUACAUGGAGCGCCCGUUCGACGCCAUCGCGGUCGAGUUGGUCCGGUCCGUCGUAAAUCUCGUAGUUAUGGAGUGGUUCUGGGGCGCCGACGACAGUAUGUUUGCCCACAUGAGAGGCAUUAAGCGCAUGAUCGAGCUCCGAAAAGGCAUGCGUGGUCCGGGCGACAUUGUGGGCGAGUCCAUCAUGAUUCUAACCGACUAUGAGAUUGCGUGCGCCUUUGAGACGGAUCUCUACUGGCUGGAGGGCGAUCCGGUCCGAGACGAGGAAGUUCCGGUCCCGACGACGUGGCCCGACUGCUACGACAGCCCACUGCUGGCGUCCUCAUCUCGGUUUGAGAGCAUCGCCGAGAGACUGGGGUUGUGCGCAGCGGCUGCCAAGAUUCUGGACGAUGUACGGUUCCUCACGGUUUCCGUCACUUCAGCAUCGGCCUCGGCGAGCUGCAAAUCGAAGAUUCGCACCACCGCAUCCUGGCUACAUAGUAGACUGCGGGAUAAGAGCAAGGUCGAACGCCUCGCUAUCUCGUCAGAAGAGGAAUGGAUUCUCGAGACCAUCCGGAUUGCUGCUCUGAUCUACAGCUGGUCCAUCAAGUCGAUGCGUCAGAUAUCGCGGUUUGAUGACGACGAAACGCUCGAGGCUGCGUACCAGGCACUCACGAGCGUAAGCAUGACAACAUGGAAGCGGAUCCCAGGGGUUUUUCUCUGGAUCAUGCUGGUGGCGGCCCCGAACGCGGCACCGGACGCCAAGGGGAGGUUCGUCAGGAGGAAGAUGGCCGUCACGGGGCUGUCGAUCGGGUUCGAGGACUUCGUGCUCGGCAUAUCAUAUCUCAAGGCCUUCUGGGGCGUUCAACAGUGGAUCGCCAAGGAGGGCGACGCAGGGGUGCAGAGACUGGAAGACAAGUGGUCUUCUGGUCUUGGCCGGGAGGCUCGGUCGAGUCACAAGGAGCACGACAACAUCAGACACUCGUAG